UCUCUGAUAAACCCUCCUAUCUUGUUUUGACAGUUGCACUAUAAAAUCGCUCCAACGACGUCACGUUUGUAUCAGCCGCCUUGAAAGACCCCAGAAUUGGGGGGAGAAUUCCUGUGAAGUGAGGUUCGUCAUUUUGGUGCUGGCCCCUCCAAAAAUGAAAAGUACCAAAACGGCAACCGAAGUGGGCCGGACUUUUGCCACCAUGUUUUCGGACAUCACCUUCCGACAGAAACUCCUGGAAACCAAGACGGAGGAAGAAUUCAAAGAGGCUUUGGUCCACCAGCGUCACUUGCUGAUGGUGGUCAACCAGAGGCCCUCGGCAGUGACCGGCGACCACAAGGCUCAUGGUUCCAAACCGCUGAAGCUGCACGAGUUCUGCAAUGUCGGCAAAGGGAUUUUUGAUGACAUCGCACGGAGGUUCCCAGUCUACGCUCUGGAUUUCACCGACGGCAUCAUCGGCACCAACAAAGCGAUAGGGAAAUACAUCACCACCAUGAUCUUCCUCUACUUCGCCUGCCUCCUGCCCACCAUCGCUUUCGGCUCCCUCAAUGACGAAAACACCGAGGGGGUCAUCGGUGAAUUUUAUUCCAGGUUGGUGAAGGGGACAGCUUAUCACUGGGACCUGCUCCUGGUAGCACUGAUCAACACGGGGCUGUCCGUCUUUGGACUACCCUGGAUCCACGCGGCCUUUCCUCACUCACCGAUGCAUGUCCGGGCCCUGGCCUAUGUGGAGGAAAGAGUUGAGAACGGACACAUCUAUGAGACGAUUGUGAGCGUGAAGGAGACGCGUCUGACCACGUUGGUGGCCAACUCCCUGGUCGGCCUUUCUCUCCUGCUGCUCCCUUUCCCCCUCCAGCUCAUCCCGAAGCCCGUCCUGUAUGGACUCUUCCUCUACAUCGCCCUGACCUCCAUCGAUGGGAACCAGCUGUUCGAGAGGGUGGCCCUUUUGCUCAAGGAGCAGACGGCCUACCCUCCAACGCACUACAUCCGCCGAGUGCCCCAAAGGAAGAUCCAUUAUUUCACCGGCCUGCAGGUCGUCCAGCUUCUGAUCCUCUGCAGCUUUGGGAUGUCUCCUCUGCCCUACAUGAAGAUGAUUUUCCCGCUCAUUAUGAUUGGAAUGAUCCCGAUCAGGUACAACCUGCUCCCCAGCAUCAUUGAAGCGAAAUAUUUAGACGCCAUGGAUGCCGAACACUAACCACACAAGGAUCUUCAUCCUGGCGGCGUUUCGUCCCUUGUUUUGGCCUUCCAGAACGGAUAAGGGAGCCGCCCGUGCGACCGACCGACCGACCGGCUCGUUUGGACGUUGGCUUGUUUCUGCAACCGCGGGGCAGAAACCUGCGACCUUCUUUUAGUACUGCACUAUAAACUCCAACCGAAAGUCCUGACCCCCAUCGACCGACCAAGUUGUGUCCCCCCCACUCCCUCCCCGUUUCAGGGUGUGAGGAGGGAGGGGGGGAAAAACGACACAAGAGGGACAAGCAAGGAGACCUCUCCCCUCUUUUAUAGACGGAUCACUCGAUUACGCUCCGGAUCCCUUUUUCGUUGGGACGUGAAUUCUAUGCAAAUUUCGGGAGCUCCGUUGUCCAGCCAUUUGUGGUCCUUGAACGCCCGUCAUCUUCCGGAUGAGACGUACCCCGUUGUCCCAUUCCCCCAUCCCCUCCCUCCAAACAAGGAGUUUGCUGGAGACACCGAGGCGUCCUCCCCGUUGGGGGUUUUCGGCCUCCCGUUCCAUCGGGGUCGUCUUCGCCCACGGCGAGGGUUGCGGAAGCGCGUUCCGGCGUAGCGCCCAAACCCAGCCAAAGAAACCCGAGACUGUUUUGGAGAGAUUGCUUUCCGGUCGACCACAGUGUGGCUUGGCCUGCUGGCUUCCCCCCCAGCAGUAGUCUCUCCUCCGACGUGCAUUAUGACUUUGAUCCUCCCUCCUCUUGGCCCGGGUAUCAAGUACUACCUUCCCUUUGUACAUAAAUAUACAUAGCGGGGAUCUAAAUUUUCUGUAUAUAUUUUGCAUAUCAAUACCGUGUCCCUGGAUAUCUGGAGGCCUGUCCUUUCCAGAGACGGGGAGGAUUUUUGUGCAAUCAGUGUUAACUCGUACUGUAACCGAACCUCGUUCGUUAUUUUCUCUCUUCACCCCCCGCCCCCAAUUUUGUUUAUUUUUUUAAUUCUUACAGACUGCUAUUUUGCGUUAUUAUUUUUCUUCCCCUUGUUUACAUGGAUCGCUGACAUGAUUUUUUCGGGUGGGUGGGGUGAUUGGGUUGGUUCUGGCCUUUUAAUUCCCAUCGCUCGGGAUUGCUGCUGGCGUUGGAGAGUGGGGGGGGGUGUUUGGGGGUGGGGUAUUCGAUUGGCUCUGGCCAGCUUUUCACAGCUUGGUGCCUUUCCAGUGGGUUGGUGGGAGAGGAGGUUUCGAUUCCCAUCGUCCACCAUUAGCCCAGGAGGAUGGGAACCUUUAGCCCAAGACCUUCCAAAGAAGUCUUUUUAAUUCCUAGAAAAGUUACCAAAGGUUUGGUCUCGUUGCUUUUUUUUUUUUCUUUUUUCCUCCCCCUUUGUAAUUUCUAUCACGGGCUUCCCAGUUUUGGUUUUUUUUUUUCUCCCCUCCCCACAAAAUCGUACUUCUGGAAUGAUGUUCAAAGUUUGUAAUUUUCUCCGGAUUGUCACUUGUUUUCUGCAUUGGGGCUGUUUUGUCCCCUUCUGACCCCUCUCCUUCAGAGGCCUGGAAAAAGACGAAAAGAAAAGAAAGAAAACACAUGUUAUAUUUGA